UUUUACCGCAUUCACACAGGCAUCUUCUCCAAAUUUAUCCAACUCCAUUUGCGGUUUUAGAAUCCUUGGCAUCUUCUCCAAAUUUAUCCAACUCCAUUUGCGGUUUUAGAAUCCUUGGCAUCUUCUCCAAAUUAUAAGAUGGGGGAGAAGUGAGAAAUAUAGACGGGCCGGGCAGACUUUUGGACGCCAUCAUGUAUAGCUAAGUAGCUUGCUUUAUUCCUCUUCUUUGUCUUGUGAUUUAGGAAAAACAAGAGGAAAAAGGCUAAAUUUCAUCGGAUUCAAAUGUAUUUAGCAACAUCAACAGGCUACAGGUUACAGUCUCCUCUCGUAGUACAAGAUUGCAAGUGUGGAACCCUACAAGGUUGAAACCCUACAAAUUUGAAACCCUAGCGUUUGAAAGGCUCAAGUUUGGGAGUGGGGGGAGGGGUGCAAAUUUGGUGUCUGGUCAUGCGCUUAUCGCAGCAGCAGCAGCGGGCCUCUCGUGAUUCGCUGGAAAUUUUUCGGAAGAGGAGGAGGUCGCACCCUCGAGCAUGCGGCUGCGAAGCACACAUCGCAGCUGGGGCACACGCGUGUAAGAAGCAAAGGACAAUCACCACACUGGAGGACAACCAAAAUCACAUCAAUACUGGGCGCCGUAGGAGCCUCAGAAUCAAGGAAAGUUCUAUAAACCGUGGGCUUUCAGAUGUCAAUGACGAGCCUCCCUCUGUCAAAGCUGAAAAGGAGAAAAAAGUGAAACCUGAAAGCAAAGCGGCAGACGAAAAAUCGGUUAAGCAGCAGAAUGGGAUUGAAAGCUGGGACACCAGGCUCAGACACAGGGCUAGAGAUUCCUCCAAGCCCCAGAUAGAUAAGGAUAUUGAGCAAAAUCAGCAUACAAGGAAGAGAAAACGAGAGCGGGACCUGAGCGACUGCAAUGGCCCUGGUCACUUAAUAGAGAAACCUGAUGAUUCUGAAACUGAAACGUUCGCAUUACCCUGUUGGGCGACAAAAUCAAGAAGGAAACCCCGAUUGCAGGCAGCAUUAGGGAUAGGGAAGGAUGCAAUUGCUUCCCCGCAAUUCCCCGAUUUGCAUAUACAACAAUGGAAGAAGUCAUCUUUAUUGGAUUUGAAUGCAAAUGUCAGGCAACAACCAACCUCUUUAGCAGCGAAGGAUGGAAAUGCACUCUGUAAAGAUAUUAAUGGACGCUCUUCAUCGUUAGAUGGCAAAAAUCAUGCUAAUAAGCAAUCAAUGCUAAAGACUGCAGGGUCUGACGCUCUGCAAAUUGACAUCACAGUUCCCUGCAAUGCACAAAUUCAUCUACAACUCACAUUGGCUGGAAAUUCAGUCCAGGAGCAACAACACAAAAGCCAUUCUCUAGUGCACCGACCGGAAAACCUUAAAGCUGACUUCAUUGGCAUCGAAACCUCUGAAGCUUGCAUGAUCGAUGAAGAGGGCAUUGCUUGCGAAAACACCAACUCUAAUUCCGAAUGUUCUAGGAGGGAUCUCGGCAGUGAAGCAAAAUAUCAAGAUUCUGAUUGUAGCAGGGAACUUGGUGAAGAAGCUGGACCUCAACCUUCUAAAGGUUCUAGCAGGGGUCUUGAUUGCAAAUCGAAACUUGCAGAUUCUGAAAAUGGUAACAGAGAUCUUGGUGUGCCAGCAAAACAUCAGAGUCCAACUGCUGGUUCUCACCCGGUUUGUAAGUCAAGCAAUGAGAAUGGAUCAGGUGCGGAAACUGCUGAUACAGGCAAGAUUGAGCGAAGUGGUGUAUAUUCAGGUGCAAAUAUACAUGUGGAAGAGAUGGAUGUUGAUGAAGCAACAUUAGAACAAUCAGCGAUGCAUCCUAGUGUUGCGCAUCAAGGGAUUGCUCUUUGUAAUGUUGUGAAUGGUAUUGUAGAGUCUGGUGCUAGACUCUGUGAAGACAACCAAUCUGAAGAUGGGAACGAUAUAAGAGAAUCCAAUAGCAAGCAUUGUAAACAUGCUAUUGUGCAACAGGAAGCAGACAGGGAAACAGUAAACACAAGGGCUUUUGAUGUAGGAGAGAGUUUAGAACCUGUUAACGAGUCAAUGCAAAAGGGCAGUAGUGUUCUGAAUUUCAAAUUUCAGAGGUCUGCAAUUAUUGAAGGGCGCAAAUGUGGUCUAUGUGGUGUGGGCAAUGAUGGGAAGCCUCCAAAGAAGCUGUCUCAAGAGAUCACAGAUAGUGAUAAUGAAAUUUGUGGUGAGUUGCAGGCAACUACGGAGGAGUCUAAAUAUCAGGAAGGGGAUGGGUUUGGAGAUGAUCCAGGUUGGCUUGGACGCCUUUUGGGUCCCCUCAAUGAUCGCCAUGGCAUUACUGGAGUGUGGGUUCACAAACAAUGUGCUGUAUGGAGCCCUGAGGUCUAUUUCUCAGGUUUGGGCUGUCUCAAAAAUGUUCGUGCAGCACUUGCUAGAGGCCGUGCUCUCAAGUGCAGUCGUUGCGAUCGACCAGGAGCAACAAUUGGAUGUCGAGUUGACCGAUGCCCACGGACUUAUCACCUUGCUUGUGGUAGAGCCGAAGGUUGUGUGUUUGACCAUAAAAAAUAUCUUAUGGCUUGCACCGAUCAUCUGUAUCUGUUCCACCCAAGAGUUCGAUCUUGCCGUGAGAUGCAAAAGAUGCGGUUACAGAAGAUGGUAAUUGAAACAAGAAAAGAAAAUGCAGCUGCCCUUCGGAAAGACUUAGAGGCAGAAGAGAAAUGGCUAGAAAAUUAUGGUGAGGAUGAGGAAUUUUCGCGACGUGAACGGAAGCGGCUCCAUCGAGAUUUGGAAAGAAUAGCCCCUGUCUAUAUUGGGGGGUCAUCAUCUGGCAAUGCUAGUUUUGCAGAGGGUUGGGAAAGUGUGGCUGGCCUGCAAAAUGUUGUAAGGUGUAUGAAAGAAGUAGUGAUUUUACCUCUCUUAUACCCACAGUAUUUUGAUAAUCUUGGUAUCACACCACCUAGGGGUGUUCUUCUACAUGGUUACCCUGGCACUGGUAAGACACUUGCUGUGCGAGCCUUAGUUGGUGCAUGUUCCCGUGGUGAUAGGCAAAUAGCUUACUUUUUUCGCAAGGGAGCAGAUUGUUUGGGGAAGUAUGUUGGGGAUGCAGAACGACAAUUGAGAUUAUUAUUCCAGGUAGCAGAACAAUGCCAGCCUUCGGUCAUUUUCUUUGAUGAAAUGGAUGGUCUUGCACCAAAGCGUUCACGUCAGCAAGAUCAGACCCACAGCUCAGUAGUAUCUACAUUGCUUGCACUUAUGGAUGGUUUGAAGUCAAGGGGAUCAGUGGUUGUAAUUGGUGCAACAAAUUGUCCUGAGCACCUUGAUCCAGCAUUGAGACGUCCUGGGAGAUUUGAUAGAGAAAUCUAUUUUCCUUUACCUUCUGUUGAGGAAAGGGCAGCCAUUUUGGAUCUUCAUACCAGGAAGUGGCCAAAACCUCCAUCUGGAGAAGUUCUUUCCAGAAUUGCACAACAAACACCUGGAUAUGCUGGAGCAGAUUUACAGGCUUUAUGUACUCAGGCAGCAAUUAUUUCUUUGAAGAGGAACUUAUCUUUGAAAGAUCUCUUCAGUUUUGCUGAGAAAAAGGUGGAGCUCAUUCAUUUGCCUACACUUCCCCGGGUAACAGUGAAGGAAAGUGAUUGGGCUGCUGCUCUUGCACAGGCUCCUCCACCUUGUUCUCGAAGGGUAUCGAGCAUGGCAGUCGACGAUGUUAGUGCUCUGCCUCUUCAGAAACACAUGGUUUCAACUCUUCUCCAACCGCUAGUGGAAUUACUUGUUUCCCUUUAUCUAGAUGGGAGGAUUGCCUUGCCUCCUAUCCUUUGGAAAGCCUGUAGGUUAAUACAAGGUAUUGUAACAAUGGAUUUGCAAGAGAAGAAUCAUAUUAUCAUUCCUUGGUGGUCUUCUCUAAAGUCAUUGCCAGUGGGAUCUAAAGUUGCCAGGGACAUUGAGAAUAGCUUGUCUUCAGUUGGACUUAUAUGUGAUGGGUGUGAGUCUCUGUCUUCUGAUUUGGUGUCAAUCUCACUUGAUGAAGAAAUUACACAAAAUAUUGAAGAUUCUUGUUUGAAAACUGCUGAAAAUAAUUUUAAAGACAUGCAGAAACUAAAUGUGUGGGGGAACAAGGGGAGAGGAAUUGGGUUUCGGGUUUUGAUUUGUGGGGAUCCUAAAUCUGGACAAAAGUAUUUAGCUUCAUGUAUUCUCCAUGGCUUUGAAGGAUAUGUAGAAAUUCGUAAACUGAGUUUAGCAACAAUGUUCCAGGAAGGGCAUGGAGAUUUAAUCCAGGGGCUAACACAUAUUCUAGGAGCCUGUAGAAACAUUGGUUCAUGUGUAUUUUUUAUGCCUAAAAUUGAGGUUUGGGCACUGGCAAAGGCAGAGGGUGACAUGGAUGUAGAUAUGGCAUCUCAGGCAUGGGAUAUUCUGGUUCAGCAAGUGGAUUCAUUGCCUGCAGAUUUGCCGUUGAUAUUUCUGGCUACUUGUGAGCUACCAGCACUUACACUUCCUCUCAAGAUCAGGAACUUCUUCAUGAACAAACCUGGAAUUGUACCUUCACCAGCAUUAAAUAAAAAUGCACCACGUUUUUAUGUUCAGCUACCUGCUACCUUUGAUUGUAAGUUGUUUAUUGAUCAAGCUGCCAAGAACAUAACCCGUCUUGCCAUCAGAAGAUAUAUUGAGUUUAUUCAUGAUAUUUCUCAUUGUUACUCCACACCAAUUUGCAAAGCUAUUCCUGCAUUGUGUGAUGGAAAUAUGAAUGAAAGACCUCAGGAAAAUGUAAUCGAAUGCUUGUCAAAGGAAGGCACUGAAAGGGAGAAUGCUUCAGUACAUGAACCAAAUAACUGUCAUAAUGCUGACACUGUCAAUUGUUUUUAUAAAGGAAGUCAAGAUCAUUCAAGUAGUGGUAAGCAUUGCAGUUCGCUAUUGGAUGUUGAUACCCACCAUUUUACUAUGAAUGAUGGACAUGAGUGGCAGCAACAGUGGUCAAAUCAUAUUCUACAUAAGGCAUCUUACCAUGGAUCUGGAAAAGGAAGAACAGCUCUUCAGCUAGCGAUCGCAACAUGUGGGUACCAACUACUAUGCUAUCCACAGUUUGCUGAACUUUGCUGGGUUACUUCAAUGUUGAAAGGUGGUCCCUGUACAACAAUAGAUGGGCCUUGGAAGGGUUGGCCAUUUAACUCCUGUAUUCUUGAUACAAAUAGCUCACUAGGAGAAACUCCAGCUGGAGACAACUGUGGUGAACUUAAGGAUAGAGUAUGUGCCUCUUUAGUGACAGGUCUGGUUGCGGUGGGUCUGCUUGCAUAUAAAGGUUUGUACAAAACAGGAAAGGAAGUUGCAAAUGAUGUAAGAAAGGUUUUGGAAGUUCUUUUGAGAAAUAUCAAAACAAAAAUCCAAAACGGUAAAGAUAAAUACAAGUUUUCCCAUCUAUUAUCACAAGCAGCUUCACUGGAGGAUAUGAUGAAUAGCUGGGCAUAUAGCAUACAGAGCUUGGAAGUCAAUUCAUGUACUUCCAUAGGAGGUAUGUCACACUCUAAAGAGGAAAAUCAGGAUCUAACUUUGCGUACAUCAAAUGGUGUUACCGCAGUCGAUGCUGAAAAAGCAAAUUCACAAACAUUUGCUGAUGCUUGUCCAGUGUCUGAUGCGAAUUACAAAAAUGUUCUCCCAGGUGACUCUUCAGGUCCAAAUGUUCCACCACUUCCAAUACCUCUAAUGCCAGGUAGUUCUGUUCCUGCCUCGAGAAACAUUUGUAUGGAAGGGCUAUCAAGUCAAGGAUCUUUCACAAAGGGUGUUGCUUUACCGGAGGAUAGUUUGCCAGUCUUUCCAAGGGAAGCUGUUGUAAAGCAUGAUGUGAAAGAGAAAAUAUUGGAGAAGUCAAUAAGUUUGAAUAUGCCAGCGAAUGGGAUAAUUCUGAAAGAUACCUUCUGUGAUUAUUCUGAAAUCGGAACAAAUGAGAGUUUGACAAAGCCAACAUCAACCAACCAUUGUUUUCAUGACUCUAAAAAUGCUGGGUCACAGUCCCAUACUGGUUUAGGAGACAUACAAGGUGUUAACAUAGAGUCUAUAAACAAAACAGAUAAGAGUGAUAUCCUUUCCAGGUCUCAGGUGCAGUGUGUAUAUCAUUGUUGCUUGGAGUGCAUUCAUUCAGUACUUUUAUUGGUGAAACAGUUUUUGAAGAAUUGCUGGAAUGCAGAAGGAAAUAGAUCCAGCAUAGAUAGUGCUCAUGAUCUAGUCACUUCAUGUACAGUAAACAUACUUGCAGUUGUUGCUCAGUUUUGCAUAUUGGGGAGCAGAGAUGAGCCAGGCAAUAGAAAAAGUUUAGCUGAGGUUUUUGGUCAAUUAUCUUGCUCUUGUAAGGAUAUGACUGAAAAUCAAAUUAAAUGUAUACCAUCUAUAGGGGAGAGACAUGACAGUGCAGAGGAAAUUUUCAGAAGAGGAUGUAAAUGCCAUGCAAGUCUGAGGAAAAAGAAUGUAAGGUGGAAACAUGACCCAGAUGCUUAUUGGCUGGAAGGAAACCUAGAAUUUUUUGUUGCUGACCAUAUGUGCAAUUUCAGUUUGAAAUCACCAGAUCAGACUCAGGACAUUGAUUUUCAUUGUCAAACAGAACACUUGUGUUUAUGCUAUCUUAUUCAAAAAUUAUCAAGCAUUAGAAAGCCUUUACAAUAGCUACCUUUUUAAUGGUUUUAAUGCGGGCUGAAGGUGGACGGCACAUUGCCAUGUCCUUGAGAGAGUGCUUUGCUCACAACACACAUACUGGGCAAGCAUUUUUGGCAUAUAUACACAUGGAAAUUGAUUCUUUUAACAUAUGACAUUGUUUGGGAGGAUUAGCUCUACAGAAUCUAGAGAAUCCCCCAGGUUGAUGAGCUCUCCAAGAGUUCGAAAAUGAGGUCGACCUUCAGCUCAGGUAGUCAGCUUUUUCUCCCACCCAAUUACCCACCUCAUAGUUUGGCAAGUUUAAGCUUUAGACAUGAACUUCCAAGAAGCAGAAGGUUAUUGGUGAAGAAGGGAACAAGAAGACCAAUUACACAGGCAACAAGCCAUGGAUGAGGGUGUGAUGCUCCGGGACUUAAUUUUUUACGGCUCAUUUCGAUACAUAGUAAAAGCUAUGUUGAGAAUUCAUUCUGAAUUCAGAGGACGUGAGAGGGUUAGAUUCCUGAACAAUUCAAGGUUUUAAUAAAGUGUUGUCAAUUCCCUGGGGAAUUGUGUAAGAGCAACCUUUCAGCUCAAAUUGAUAGCUAAAGUAUUCAGAAAAUCUCUACUUGUUUCAAGAAAUUAACAAGGACUCAAUAAAUUGCUACAGAUGUUAUUAAGAUGUUUUAUUUGCUGCAAUUAAACGUUGUGCAUAUGUUAUUAGUGACAUGUUUUCUUACCAAUGAAAAUUUCCGAUCUGUAUUAGCAAGAUAUAUGUAAAUUGUGAGUUGCAGAUGUUCAAAGUCUCCAAUCUUUAGCUUCUGAUAAUGCUAAAGGCAAUUUCAUUAGGUUGCAUCUCGAUCGGCUAUUAGUUUGUAAGAAUUAAGGGGGAAUUUGGGUGGGUACAAUCUAGAAGAGAGAUGCUUAUUCUUGCUACUUUUCUUUAUUCAAGGGUUUUCGUAGUCUUUCAAAAGUGUUGAUAACUUUCAAAGUACAUGUCACAUUGGAGACUGCAGAAAGAAUUUUGAUGGCCUGAAUCUGGUGGUUGCUGAUACUUUUCCCUCAUCCUCACUUAUCCAUGGGAUACUGAUAUUGUUGUAUAUGGAAAUGAAUUGCAAUUCACUGACAAAAGUAUAAUCUGGGGAUUGAGACCCUGCAAAUGGCUAGCAGCAAUAUUGUAUUUUAAAAUUUGACAUUUGCACUCACACAAUGAGAAUCUUGAAGGGAUUCGUAGUGCUUUCAUGUUCAUGUUAAAGGUUUAUUUGUAAGUAAUCUUUAAGUGUUGAAGAUC